AUAAUAAUUAUAUUCUUAUGUUUUAUUACUAGUUUUAUUUUUAUACAAAUAAAACACCCUUUAGCUAUAGGAUUAAUAUUAUUAAUUCAAACCUUUUUAACAUGUUUAAUAACAGGAAUCUAUGCAAAAACUUUUUGAUUUUCUUAUGUUUUAUUUUUAAUUUUUAUAGGAGGAAUAUUAGUUUUAUUUAUUUAUGUUACUUCUUUAUCUUCAAAUGAAAUAUUUUCAAUAUCAUUUAAACUAAGUUUUAUUUCAAUUAUAAUAAUUUUUCUAUUUAUUAUAAUUUCAUACUUUUUUGAUAAUUCAAUAAUAGAAAAUUUUAUUAAAAAUAAUGAUAGAAUUCAAUUAUUUAACCAAAAUAAUUUAUUUUAUGAAAAUUUUUUAUCCUUAAAUAAAAUAUACAACUUUCCAACUAAUUUAAUUACUUUAUUAUUAAUUAAUUAUUUAUUUUUAACUUUAUUAGUAACUGUAAAAAUUACUAAAAAAAAUUAUGGGCCACUUCGACCUAUAAACUAA